AUGUCUGAGCUCUCCUCUCAUGUCUCACUUCAGAAGCUCAGUGUGAAGUAUGAUGAGGAGAUGAGGGUCCGGGAGGAAGCUGAGCAGACCUUGAGGUCCUUCCGGAAGGAUGUGGAUGACGCCACAGCCGUCCGCCUUGACCUGGAGCGCCGUGUGGAGUCGCUGAUGGAUGAGAUCUCCUUCCUGAGGAAAGUGCACGAUGAGGAGAUGCAGGAGCUGAGCAGCAUGAUGGAGGAACAGCACGUCUCCGUGGAGCUCGAACCCGCCAAACCGGACCUCACCUCAGCUCUGAAGGAGAUCCGCAACCAGUACGAGUCCAUCGCCUCCAAAAACCUGCAGUCUGCCGAGGAGUGGUACAAGACCAAGUUCGCCAGCCUCAGCGAGCAGGCCGCCAGGACCAAUGAGGCCAUGCGGGCUAGCAGGGAGGAGAUCAGUGAGUUCAGGAGGCAGCUGCAGUCCAAGACAAUUGAGAUAGAGUCCCUGAGGAGCGCCAACGAGUCUUUGGAGAGGCAGAUCACAGAGAUGGAGGACGCACACAACGCUGAAGUCACAGCCAUGCAGGACACUAUUGGCCACCUGGAUACUGAGCUGAGGAACAUGAAGGGUGAGAUGGCCCAGCACCUGAGAGAGUAUCAAGACCUGCUCAAUGUCAAGAUGGCCCUGGAUAUAGAGAUAGCUGCCUACAGGAAACUGCUGGAGGGGGAGGAGACUCACUUUAACUCAGGGAUAUCGUUUGGAGCUGCCAGCUACAGCUACCAGCCUCGAGCGUCAGUGCCCAGGAGCAGCCAGAGGGAGAAAGAGGGGGCCACCAAGGAAAGCUUCAAGGAGAGCAGUGAGGAUAAAGAUGAGGCAGACAUCAACUCCAACAACUGAAGGAAGACAGGCAGGGAAAGUAGCAAAAGAGAUACGCAGUAAUCCAUUGUCACAUACUGUAUUUGUUAAGACGUUUUGGACUUAGAGCUGGGUUAUUACCAACAUCUGUCUAUUAAAUACAACUUUGGACAUUUUUCCUGGGACGUACUGCAGGUUUCAGGAUUUAGACUCAUCUAAGCUUCAUUUCCUGUAUAUCACACAUCAUUUUGGUAUCAAUGAAAUACAAUUUCAGAAGGUACAAUGAUCAUAUGUAGGUCACGAGAAAUGAGGAACCCCAAACAAGCAACUAAAACACUUAAUACCAAAGGAAAAUGACCUAAAAAAAAAAAAAAAAGUGUACUGUACGUCCCUAGAGGAAAUACACAUGUUGCAAAUUAAAAUAAUAAAAAUAUGUGACCAGGUGUUAAAUGUUCUGGGGAUGGAUUCUCGGCCUGUCUGGAUUGCUCAGAUAGACUUUUAUUUCUUAAAAGAAAGAUACCAAAUGUCUGUGUAGGUCCACUUCUGUUGUUACAGCAUCCUUUAAAUUAAGUUAGUUGUUAAAUGUGAGGUCUUUCAUGUCUAAGUUUGAGCUUUAACGUGAAACAGGUAAGGUUCAAAGCGCAUAGCAACAGUCAAUCUGUAUUUAUGAAAGCACUUUAGGGUGUAUGGAGGAGGACAGUGUCUUGCAUUGUGUUUGGUUGUAUUGUGAGACAUUACAAAAGCUGGUUACCAUGGUUAAUUGUGAUGUGCAUAGUGCAUUAGCUGUGAAAAACACUCAGAACAUGCAGUCCAACUGGUAGUACAUAUCUCACCUAGUGGAAAACCACUCACUGUUGGUUUAGUUGCACUAAAUGACACAAUGAAUAAAGUAACGCAAUGAAUAAAAUGA